CGAGCUUAGCAGUGCCGGACGAGGCUCUCCCCGAGGACCUGCAGAUCGUCCGUCGACGAUGGGGGAAACAAUUGGCAGUUUAUAGCCCAGGCCCGGGGGGCCUCUUACACAUCGUAUAAUAAUACCUCUCGCCCCCUCCCCCUCACUCUCCCGUAGUGUGUUAUCGUUUAUUAAUACCCUACACAUUCAUCGUUAUCAUCACUUUUGGGGGCACCGCUUUAUCUGCAGGUACACCUGAGGAGGAGGAGGAAGGAGGUACUUAUGUACUAGAGUCCGGACCACCUGGGAGAUACGUGCUGCAGCAGCUGUCCGUCUGCGGUAUAACACAAGUGCAUGCCGAGAGGGAAAGAGAGCAAGGCACGCACGACGACAACAGCGUGAGAGCGAGAUUCUUCCUCUCUUCGAUAUAGUGUCACUUGAUCGUUUCUAAAGCAAGUAGCUGUUACCGGAGCCAAGCUCGUCGAAUCCAACGUACAGCGGCACUGUAUAAGCUACAGUAUAUAUACAGCAGCAGCAGCAGCAAAAUAGGCACCAAAGAAACAAACAAAGCAUAAACAAAAUCUCAAGGAUGGACAGCUCGGAGUACGAGAUGGUGAGGAACAUGACGUUGCUCUUCUUCUUCGAGCGGCUGAUGGACAAGGGCGGCCCGAGGUCCCUCCACGACCUGAGCUGUCAGUUCGGCGCCAAGGGCUUCACGAAGGAAAUGCGCCAGAUAGCCGGUGGCUCGCAAAGUGGCCUCAAAAAGUUCCUCGCCCAGUACCCGGUGCUCUUCCGGAUGGACGGUGACUACGUGGGCGUCAACGCCAUGCAGGCCGAGGCCGAGGUGGAGGACGGCGCGAGUCCGGGUGUGAAGAAGCGCGACUACGCCCAGGAAGCCGUCGAGUACUUUUCGCACAAGCUGCUGCAGUACGGCGAGGGCACCGAGGUGCCCAUCAAGAGCCUCCUCGGCCACAGGUCUCAGGCAUCGCCCGAGGUUAGGCACAUAUCCGGACAGCACUUUCGGGAAUUCAAGGACUUUCUCGCGAGGUACCCCGACGCCUUCGUCGUUAUAGAGGACAACGUCGUGCUCAAGCAGUACGAGGGUGUCAAGGCCAAGCCUUUCAGAGAAUUGGAGCCGGACGUAUCGAUGGACCCGGAGGUGACAGCGCGUCUGCUCGACUUCCUGGAGCAUUGCAUCGAGCAGAAGGGCGUGAUUCUCGUGGAUCAGCUGUUCGCCCAGGUGGUAGAGAGGUUCCCGGAGGGGGAUGCAAUGUUCAAGACCCAGCAGGAUCUCUCGGCUUUCCUCAAGAUGACUCCCGAUGCUUUCCACGUGCAAAGCAAUCUCGUGACAUUUAUCGGCAGGCCCAGGCAACAGCAGAAGGACAAAUCAGCUGCAUCGACCCCGAACGACCACCAACAGCCGAAUGACAGGACUGCCAGGAACAAUAACAACAGCAGCAGACGAAGCAAUCACGUCUCUCCCCGGCUGAUGACCAACAACAGCAGCAGCUCCCAGCCCGAGAGCCUCACCUCGUCCAACAACAGUGCCUCGUCGACCCAGCCGAAUUCGCUAACCUCGCCGCAUGAGGUGCUCAUUGUCAACAACAUCAACAACAGUAACAACAGCUCGGUUUCGCCGCCCGUGAGUCUCCAGCAGCAGACCCUCAAGCAGAGGAUCAACAGCCUGCUGAUAAAAACCCUGGCUGAGAACACGGAGAGGGACAGGUCGCUGCAGAACGCCGUGAUAGGCGAGGCCCUCAAGUCCAAGGUUUCCCAGCAGACGAAAGUCGUGGUCAGCGUAAAGGACUGCUCGGCCGUGGUCGACGAGCUCAUGUACAACAGAAAGUCGAUGGUCGAUGGCAAGUGCGUCGUCUCGUUCGACUGCGAGGGGAUCAACCUCGGGCUCAAGGGCAAGAUCACCGUCAUGCAAAUAGGAACGAUGAGCGGACAGGUCUACGUCUUUGAUCUGAUCACGUGUCCCAACAUCCUUCAGUACGGUGGGCUGAGGAAGCUCCUCGAGAGCGACGCGGUCGUCAAGGUGAUGCACGACUGCAGGAACGACAGUGUCACUCUGUUCUACCAGUACGGGAUCACCCUCGCCAACGUCUUUGAUACACAGGCGGCUCACAGUGUCAUAGAAUACCAAAACACCGGCAAGCCGGUCUACAAGGUGAAAAACGCCACGCUGAAUACUCUAUGCGAGUUUUACGGGGCGCCGUGCAAUAUGCUCAAGGAGCAGGUGAAAAACAUAUACCGGCGGGAUCAGCGCUACUGGGCCCGGAGGCCGCUUACCCGGGACAUGAUAGCCUACGCGAGCAGCGACGUGCAAAGCCUAGUGCCGCUCAUCUACAACGCCAUGGCCAAAUCGAUUAAGCCAGAGAUGCAGAAGCUGUUCGCGGAGCUGUGCGAGGAGCAGGUGCUGAUGCACGUAAAUCCAACGGAGGUGAAGACGCGGAAGAAGCAGCGUAAGAUCGAGACCGAAGUGGCCGAUCUGCGCAGGAAGAUGGACGAGAGCGUGGGACGGACCAUUGUGCUAAGCAACCGGGAGAUCCGGCUGCUGCGCUACCUCGAGCUGACCAAAGAGGAGAAAGACAAGCUCAAGGGUAGCUACAAGGUCGCGAAGAAGCUCGAGAAGCUCGAGAGCAUGGGCCAGGACAGGAACGAGAACAGCAGUGGCGAGGAUGACGACGAGGACGAAAAGACCGAGGAGACCGAGUUCCCGAGUUUGGACAGCUACACAUCCGAGAACUCGCACUCGGGGGGAGUCAUGUCGCCGCGCAAUCUCGAGCCACCGAGUCUGACGGAAUCGAUGCAGAUGGUGGACGAGAUCCUGGAGGAUGGCUCGAUGGACGGGUUCGAGAAGAUCGAGCGCCUCGAGGCCAUACUGUCGGCGGUGACGGGCACAACCAACGACCACGACAGUACUCGAUCGUCGCCCACAAAGUGUCCGUGCAUGUGCCAAGCAGCUGGUAACAGUAGGGCCCAGCAGCAACGUAAGGAGACCGCCUGCCAGACCCUCAGCACCGGGGACAUAGUCAUCACGAGGAUAUUCUUCACCGAAGAGGAGGAGGAGCGCGAGAGACUGCUCAAUUCGCCGAAGUAGCUGCGUGGAUGGUGUUACUUUUUGUUGCCUGAUUUUUUUAUUGUUUUUUUAUUUCUCCGUUUUAUUAACGAACCAUUUUGUACAUUUAUUUAUGCAACCGAUGACAAAGUUCCCUUCUAGCGGGGCUAAUCGUGUGUGUGUGUGUGUGUGUUUAUCCUGUUUCCGAACGUACGAAACGGUGCUGUUAUAGAAAAGCGAAACGAAAAGGAUUUUGUUCCCCGCGUUGAGAGAAGAAUACAUGGUGAUAUCCUAAUCUAUCACGCAUAAUUACUUUUUGUCAUUGGACUGAUUCUUGUCAGUCGAAUGCUAUUUAUCGUAUUCAUGAUAAAAAUUGUACUGAAAUCCAAUCAAAACGCAAAACUGGAUUUUUACGUAUGUUAUAAAAAUUGUUGAUAAUUUUUUUGUUGGAAGCAAUCGUGACGACAUUAAUUGGAUACCUUUGCGAUCGGAUAGAUAUAUAUUGUACAUUGAGAGAGAGAAAUUCACAGACAUAUGAUAUGCUUACGUCGAGCGAUGAAACCGUAACUUUUAUCACGAAUGCGUGUGAUUACCUGUGAAGAUGAUACUUUACGAAUGGUAUAGAAUUUUCGGUUUUUUAUAUUUCUCUUGAAAUAAUUUAUGAUCGUUACAACGUAGAGUUUUGAAGGAUUUUAUAAAAAUGGGUUAUUGCGGGCGUUGUGCAAAAGGAGACUAAUUUUUGCAUUAAUUAAUAAAUACCUAAGCGUUGGUAAUAACUGCCGUAUACGUAAUUAUUUAGACGAUUGAUUUUGGGUACUAUUUACACACUAACAAUAACGAACUGUAUUUGUAUAGUAAGCAAUUGAACAGUUGAUGAUGAAAUUUAGUGUAUUAACGUACCUAAUAUCAUGAAUUUUUUCAACCAUUUAGACAAUUUUUUGCAUUGUCAUUAAUGAAAAAUUUAUUUACUUGGUGCUUGGGUUUCGAAAACUAAAAAUCACUUGGGAAAUGUAGAAAUCGUUCGAUCGCGGUUAAAAAAAAAAAAAAAAUUACAAUUCACGUUGCCAGAUAGUUGUAGAAAUUAUUAAUGCAAUUAAUAAGGAAAAAUUUUUUUGGCCAUAUAAAAAAAAGCUUCUGAAGCAUGUAUAUUAUUGAUAUAAUGUUUUGUACAGACUAGAAUGUAGUGAUUGCCUUAUACGAUUAUUCAAACCGCCUCGAUUCGAAAGGUUUUUGUUUCAUAUGAAUCAUUUGCCUCUGUGUAAUGUAAAACGUCAAAUUUUUACAAAUCUGCCAAUUGAAAGAAAAUCCAUUAUAACAUGUAAGAAGAGAGUCAGACCAUAGUUUUAGUUUACUUUGCGCUUUUAAAAAAAAAAAUUUUUAAUCUCGUAACAUUGGUUGAUGCAACCAACGACCUAGCAAUAUAAUGUAUAUAAUAUUAACGAGACAAUUUUUGAGACAAGACGUGUAACGUAGAGAAAAAAAUUCAAUUUGUAAUAUAAUAUUUAAAAAACAUGGCUUUAUAUCAAAUCUGGGCAUAUACAGUAACAUAGAAAUAUUUACACAAUGUUAUAUAUAGCGUUAAUUUAUAUACCGGAAAAAAUUGUGAAAUAAACAUAUUUUUAACAA